AUGUCAUAUUUGCCGACUUAUUCUGAUGACUUUCCGACUGGACAGCCCGGUCGUAGGCAGCGGAGCAAUGGUAAUGAUAAUGCUCAACAGCAAGAAUAUAGCCAACAAUCAGUGCCGAUGGUAAUUAAGAGACUUUUCAAGACGCCAAAGAAUUUGGACCUCGAGACAGCCAGUUGGGAAAUGUUUCAUCUGAUUUUACACCCAAGAAAGGCUUAUAGAUCGAUAUAUUAUCAACGACAAACGAAAAAUCAGUGGGCAAGAGAUGAUCCUUCUUUCUUCAUCUUUCAGAUAGUUCUGAUUUCCAUAAGCUCCGUCAUUUGGUCGAUUUAUAAUUCAGGGUUCAAUAAUGAGAACGGCAAUAUGGGGUUUUUUGGCAUUAUAGGUCAUUUUUUUAAAAGUUUGAUAAUGAUGGUUUUUUUGGAUUUUUUCAUAUUUGGGUUCGUUAUGGCAACUAUUUUCUACUUUUUGUUGAACAGAUCAUAUUUCAAAUUCAAAUCGAGUCAAAAUACUGUGGUUGAGUGGGCUUAUUGUUUUGAUGUUCAUUGCAAUUCAUUUUUGAUCAUCUUACUAUGCUUGUAUUUCAUUCAGUUUUUAUUGUUACCGAUAAUUAAUUUGCAAAAUUGGAUCUCUCUGCUCAUUGGGAAUUCUCUGUAUUGUUUCGCCAUUGGCCAUUACUUUAUUUUGACUUUUUAUGGGUAUAACCAGCUCCCUUUCCUAAAAAAUUUGAACUUCAUACUUUUACCAACAUUAGGAUUAUCAAUAAUAUAUCUAAUCAGUUUAUUUGGUAUCGACCUUUCCAAAAGGUUGAGUUUCUACAAUUAUUGA